AUGGGGGCGCUGGAGGUGCCAGCUGACAAGUACUGGGGCGCGCAGACGCAGCGGUCCCUCCAAAACUUUAAGAUUGGCGGCCCGCGGGAGCGCAUGCCGGAGCCUGUCGUGCGCGCGUUUGGCGUGCUCAAGCGCGCCGCCGCCAAGGUCAACAUGGCGCAGGGCGUGCUUGACCCGAAGAUCGGCAACGCCAUUGUGGAGGUGUGA